AUGUGGCGUACCAAGAAAAAUAUUGAUCGAAUCAAACCCCAAAAGGAUAAAGGCAGGCAAUACAAAUCUAGUUAUGUUCAUGCUAUGGACGAUUGUGAUGCAGAUAAGUGGUCUAGAAUUGAAGUGGAUGAUGAAGUAGUUACUAAGAUUGGCCUAGUUGCUGCUGAGUUAUCUUACUACUACCUAAAACCAGAGGAAGACAUGGACGAAGGUCUCAUGCUACUAGAAGAUAAUAAUUCUUCAAUCACCAUGGCUUCGCAUGGAUUAAAGGAAGGGCUGAUGGAUUUAUUUGUAGUGCAGAAGGAUAGGAAUGAAGCUGCAGAUGAAGAGGAAGAUGGUCAGUUAUUGGUUAAGUGGAAAGGGGGAAAGAGUGGGAAAACUCAACAUGAGAUGUUCAAAUUGAUUGAUGAAGAUAUUGAUGAUUUAACUCCUGAAAUUGAGAUAUUGAAGGGACCACAAAGAUCUUGCUUAGACAGUAUCAACAAUGAAGGUGUAGACAUAGAGGAAGAUGAUGGGAGUAUGGGUUUAGGGAAACAAAAGGCAGCACAACGUAAACUUUUCGGCUUGAUAGAUGAAGAUGAUGGUAGUUCACCUGCAUACAUUGAUAUGGUGGAAAACGAACCAAGAUAUGGGGUAGACAGUAUCAUUGGUGCAGGGUGUUCAGAUAUACCUGAUGGAGCAGAAAAAGAAGACGUUGGUGUCGUUAAAUGUGAAGGUGAAGCUACUGAUGGCAACCUAGCAAACCAUUUUGAAGGUGAAGGUACGCAAGUUGGUGUCGUUGCACAAGUAGUUGACAUUGCAGAAUCACAUGAUGCUGCACAAGCAGCUGAUGUUGAAAAAGGUUCAGAUGACGAACAGAGGAAGACAGAUGGCAGUAACAACAAACCUGUUAAGGUUGGGAGGAAAAGAGCCAAAGUAAAGAGCAAAUCUAGGAGGAAGAAAAAAAACAACUUAGAUGAUGAUACACUUGACCAAAUGCUGGAGAAAGUUAGGAGAAAGAAGAAAGGUGUUGAAGAAGAAGAAGAAGAUUCUGAGGUGGAGCCUAAUGGCAAUGCUGAAUUUUAUGACAGUGACUACGCACAGGAGAUAGAUGAAGAAAGUAGAAUCAUGAAGGAGAGAAUGAAAGAUUUGUCUAAGAUUCUUGGGGAGGAAGAAACAACAAAGCCUACAACAACUGGGGAUGAUGAUGGUACUUGUGAUGAUGAGGCUGAGAUGGAUUUUGAUGAACUCCCAAGUGAUGAUGCUUACAAUGGAGCUGCUUCGGAUGAAGAUGUGAAAUUACCUACAUUCAGAAGGUACAAUCGUCAAACUGAUUAUGAUAGCCCUAACUGGGAAAUUGGAUUGAGAUUUGCAUCAAAAGCUGAGUUCAAAGAAUUGUGUAAGCAUCGAGAAGUAAAACAUGGAAAGCAGAUUCGGUUCAAGAAAAAUGAUGGCAGGAGAUGCCAAGCAUGGUGUAGAGGGAAUGGUGCUCGUGUAUGUCUAUGGAAAGUUAUAAUAACUUACAGAAAAGGCAAGGAUGAGUGGGCCGUCACGACAUUAGUCAUGAAACAUGACUGUGGUGGAAAGAACAAUAACCACGGAUGUGCCAAUUCUGAUUACCUUGCAGUCAUGUUUAAGGAAAAAAUGCGUAUAUGUCCCCAGACUACAGUUGGACAGCUGAGAGAGAAGAUUAAUUUAAAAUUGUCAACGGAGGUAUCCUGGUGCUUGGCGGUGAACACGAGAGCUAAAGCACUUAAACUCAUUGAAGCAAGUAGUAGCAGCCUUGGCAGCAUUAAAAUCCACUUUGGUGGGGAGCUUUAUGCCAAGCCGUAUCCACUUUAUUGGGGUGGUGCUUUCAGGGUAUUCAAUAAUGUAGAUCUUCAAACAGUAUCCUUUUGGAACUUACAUGAAAUGGCACAAAGGAUUGGAAUGCUCAACAUUGUUACUUUUUACUCUUUAUCUGAAGAAAAAGGGGUGGAAAAGAUUGUGGGAGACGGAAUAUUUUUCCCCAUGUGUCAAGAUGCUUUGAACCGUGAUAGAUUAAUCACGUUAUAUGCGUUGGACUAUCAGGAUGAAUGGUUCUUUGCUAGGAACGAUGACUUCCUAGAUAGUGAUCCAGACCUUAAAUGGGACUCCGAUUAUGCCUGCAAUUGUGAACAAUAUGGUGGCUGGAAGGAAUACAAUUCUGAUGAAGAUUCAGACUCUCAAUGUUCAUCUCAAUGUUCUUGUACUGAUUUUCCCUGA